AAGUUUAUUUUAAGUACCCAAGGGCUCCUGGAUAGACGUGUUUUGUGGUCAUGAACAUGUUUUUUGUAAUUUCCGUUGUGCUAAUUAUAAGUGAUCUCGGCUAUACACAAAAUUGUGAAUUAUCUGCAUUACCUCCAAAAUCAAACAGUGGAUGCUGUGGUCACGCCGUGGGUGGAGACAAGUCAAGUGGUUCCAUUGCUGGCAUCGGGGAAUAUCCGUGGAUGGGUUCCGUGGAAUAUAGAAAAAAAGACGAUACAAUAAAGUUGCUCUGUGGCGCGGUUCUCAUCAGCGGGAAAUACGUUCUGUCUGGUGCUAAUUGCUUCUCCGAAGCGGCUUUCAAGAUCGGCACGCCAGUCCGUAUACGUCUCGGAGACUACGAUGUCAACAACGAUGGGCCAGACUGUGUAGAGACGGCUGGUGGUGGGAAAAAUUGUACUGAUGGAGCCAUCUCCAUACCUAUAGAGAAAUAUACAGUGCAUCCCAACUAUAACAAAAACUCAAAUCGUCAGAAUGACAUAGUCUUAAUAAAGCUUGCGAGAAUGGCUCCCUACACAGAUUUCAUCCGUCCAAUCUGCUUGCCAUCUUUGGACAUCACACAGAAAGCACCAAAGAAGCUGUACAUGACUGUGGCUGGCUGGGGCGCGGUAAACGCGACAGUGUCUAGAAGCAACGUAUUGCGGCGAGUCCAUGUGCCUUAUGUCGAUUUUUAUCUUUGCAGACAUGCGUACAACAAAACGCAAUUCAAUGCGCAGUUAUCAAACGGGCAACUUUGCGCGGGCGGCAAGAAUAGAGACUCCUGUCGAGGCGACUCAGGUGGACCCCUUAUGUUGCUGAAGGGCCAGACUACGGAGCUGGCCGGCAUAGUCAGCUUCGGUCCAACCCCUUGCGGGCGAGAAGAUUUUCCUGGAGUGUACACUAAAGUAUUCGCCUACAAUGAUUGGAUAAAAACUAUAAUUGAAAACGAUGAAAAGGUACCAACGAAGACAGCAGAACCAUCAGUAACUACAAAAACGUCAACAGAACCACCAGUAACUACAAAAACGUCAACAGAAAAAGUAUUUGUCUCUGAUUUGAUUGUCUUCAGAGAGUAGGUAAAUAAACUUUUACUAGGUUCUUGUAUAGUUUGAGACACAAUAACUUUAUAAAAUCAUGGAAUAUUAGCUAUCACUAUUGUAACUACUGUCUAGCAUAUAGGUUACAAUUAGUGCGUAAGGUCAGUUCAACGAAUACACUAAGGUCCGAUUAUACCAAACGCAACUGGCGGGUUGCCUAACGACAGCAACGCAAUUUAUCAAGAAACAUGUCAGUGAUAUCUCCAGCAUCAGGCUCCUAGUUAAUAAAUUAAAUAAAAUACUGCAGUAGUAAAAUUGCAACGGUAAUGCUGCUGCAGUUAUCAUCCCAGAGAUCAGAAUUUUCUACGCCAUUUCUAAAUGCAAUAAUUCAAAACAUAUCAGAGUUGGACCAAAAAAAGUCUGCAGCGGAUUUGAUAGCCCACGCAGUGCAAGUGUCAUUUAUACGUCAUAAUUUUAUAGAAGUUUGACGAUUAAAAUAACACUUUCACUGCGUGGGCUAUCAAAUCCGCUACACCAAGUAUAGUCUACUUGGUGUGACUCUUACCCGUUCCGUUAGUCAAUGUACCUAUUGCUUUAUUUCACUAAUGUAAAAUCAAAUGAAUUCCGCUCAAUAUUUUCUUUUAUUAUUUUGGUAAUAAAUUAUACUGAAACACGCAGAAAUCCAACGCGUUAUAAUAAUAAAAAAUAAAAAAAUAGCCACAACCGAAUACAGAACCUCCUCCUUCUAUGAAAUGGAAGUCGGUUAAAAAUGAUUUGACUGUUUCUCAAUUUACGUAAUGGACGUUAUACCGGGUGUGGCCUGUAACAUGAGCAAAUAAUUAAAACAUAGAUUGUUCGUUUGUUCUACAACUUUUAAAAAUUAUGAAUUAUUUAGACUCCCUAUUUUUCAUACAAAAUAAAUAUUAUCUUCAAUGGACGCCAUCGCCACGCCAUUAUCAUUGUGAUUGACGUUGCUUGUCACGCCAUAAACAUAACAAAAUUCGCAAUAAAUUGCGUCUUAGAAUAAACUUUAAAGUGUAUUAAAAAUCAAACCACAAGUUAUUUUUAAAUGUCGCUGAACAAAAGUUAGUCAGUAUGAGGAGUACUACCUACAGUUUCAUUUUUUGCUCAUAUUACAGGGCAUACCCGGUAUUAUUUAGCGCAGUAUAUGGCGCAGUGCAAUAAUCAUUCCAUAACUUAUUUAAUAUUAUUGUAAUUAUAGUCAUAUAUACCUAAGACAAAUCUUUUGACCUGAAACCGUUAGGGGUAACAUGGUGAACGGGGAGAGAAGUGUUAACAUUUCAUUAAUGGUCUCAUCGGAAGAUCAGCGCUGGAAGUCGCCAGCAACAUGCUGAGAUGGGGCCAUUUCGUGACGCUUUAUUUUUUACUAUGUUUUUUCCAUGUACGUCUAUUGUCUGUGUGUUUACGAAUAAAAAACUAUUAUAUUCUAUCCUAUUCUAUUUCGGACAAAACGCCAUCUUCUCAAAUUCCUUUGUUUUUCAGAGAUUUUUGAAAUAAUAAUACAUAUUAUUUUUAACCCUUAAAGCGUUUGUGUCACUUUUUUAGUACAGGUACUAAAUGUGGCGCCAAGUUUAAACACUAAGUGCAGGCUAGAAAAGAAAGUACGUUAAAGAAAGUGCGAGAAUUGUACUUUUUUGCCUAGUUUAAGACAAUAUCAGACAAAAUUCGGUUUAUGCGCAGGCGGCAGUUGAAAUUUGAAAUUCGCUGAAUUUGCGACAGAGUAUGUUCCUGAUACCAUAGAAUAUAAAGUAAAUAGCCAAAGUGUUUUCUUUCUGUUGAUAUUAUUACUAGAUGAGUUAGACAUUGUUAUUUUAUAUUAAGCUCAUUAAAUCAUAGAUUAAUUCUAAGUCGCCGUUUCGCUAUCUGAAGGUUGUCUGGAAGAGAUCGCUGUUUAGCGAUAAGUCCGCCUGUUGUUACCUACACCGUUAAACUCCAAUGUUUUUUCUGUAUCUUUUGUUUUGUAGUGUGCAAUAAAGUAUUUUAUUAUUAUUA